GCUCGUUCCCGGGGUCCCGGCCCUGGGCUCGGCGCCGGCUGCGCGCGCACGCUGCCUGCCGGUCCCGCCCCCAGGCACGCCGCGCUCCCUGGGCGCCUCCGCCAUGUGCUCGUUAGCGUCUGGCGCUACCGGCGGCCGGGGCGCCAUGGAGGAUGAGGAGGACCUGCCAGAACUGUCGGACAGCGGUGACGAGGCCGCCUGGGAGGAUGAGGACGUUGCAGAGCUCCCCCACGACAAGCAGCAGACCCCCUGCCUGUUCUGUAACAGGCUGUUCACAUCUGCUGAAGAAACAUUUGCACACUGUAAGUUGGAACAUCAAUUCAAUAUUGAUAGCAUGGUCCAUAAACAUGGACUUGAAUUUUAUGGAUACAUUAAGCUAAUAAAUUUCAUUAGACUUAAGAAUCCUACAGUUGAGUAUAUGAAUUCCAUAUACAACCCAGUGCCUUGGGAGAAAGAAGAAUAUUUGAAGCCAGUAUUAGAAGAUGACCUUUUGCUUCAAUUUGAUGUGGAAGACCUUUAUGAACCAGCAUCAGUUCCAUUCUCAUACCCCAAUGGACUCAGUGAAAGUACAUCUGUCGUUGAGAAAUUGAAACAUAUGGAAGCCAGGGCGCUGUCUGCUGAAGCUGCGUUAGCUAGAGCACGUGAGGAUCUGCAGAGAAUGAAACAAUUUGCUCAGGAUUUUGUGAUGAACGCAGAUGUCAGAACCUGCUCGUCAUCUACUGCCAUUGCAGACCUCCAGGAGGAUGAGGACGGUGUUUAUUUCAGCUCAUACGGGCAUUAUGGGAUACAUGAAGAAAUGCUAAAGGACAAAGUACGAACAGAAAGCUACAGAGAUUUUAUAUAUCAAAAUCCACAUAUCUUCAAAGACAAGGUGGUGUUGGAUGUUGGAUGUGGAACUGGAAUUCUCUCUAUGUUUGCUGCUAAAGCUGGGGCAAGGAAAGUUCUUGGAGUUGAUCAAUCUGAAAUACUUUACCAGGCAAUGGAUAUCAUAAGAUUGAAUAAACUGGAAGAUACUAUCAUACUAAUUAAAGGAAGAAUUGAAGAAGUUCAUCUUCCUGUAGAAAAAGUGGAUGUUAUUAUAUCUGAGUGGAUGGGCUAUUUUCUUCUUUUUGAAUCUAUGUUGGAUUCUGUCCUUUAUGCAAAGAACAAAUACUUGGCAAAAGGAGGAUCGGUUUAUCCUGACAUUUGCACUAUCAGCCUUGUAGCAGUGAGUGAUGUGAAUAAACAUGCGGAGAGAAUUGCUUUCUGGGAUGACGUAUAUGGCUUCAACAUGUCCUGCAUGAAGAAGGCAGUUAUUCCAGAAGCUGUGGUGGAAGUUUUAGAUCCGAAGUCUCUUAUUUCAGAUCCUUGUGGUAUUAAGCAUAUAGAUUGCCAUACAACAUCUAUCACAGAUUUGGAGUUUUCUUCUGAUUUUACUCUGAAAAUCACAAAGACAUCUUUGUGCACGGCAAUUGCUGGCUACUUUGAUAUAUAUUUUGAGAAGAAUUGCCAUAACAAGGUCAUGUUCUCCACGGGCCCCCAGAGUACCAAAACACACUGGAAACAAACAGUGUUUCUACUGGAAAAGCCAUUUUCAGUUAAAGCAGGUGAAGUCUUGAAAGGAAAGAUCACAGUUCAUAAGAAUAAGAAAGAUCCUCGUUCUCUCAUUGUGACAGUCACAUUGAAUAAUUCAACUCAAACUUAUGGUCUCCAGUGAAAAAGGUCAUAAAAGCACAACUUGCAAAUUUUAGUGUGGGGAUAGGAAGCAGAUCCCGCCUUCACGAGACUCCUCAGUAAGGGAGGCAAGAGAAGCUCACCUAUCACCCAGGGCAGAGACCUGCUUAUCCUCAUGGUGCAUAGUUACUGUAUUCUUAGAAGUCUGCUUAGCCAGAUUUAGCCAAAUGCAAUCCCUCAGAUGGGCCUGUUUUCAGUGAUAGUCGUUUUUUGCUUUUAGUAAGUUUCUUACUAUAAAUUUUAAAUUAAUAUACUAGUUUUUGGAUAAUGUUUAUUAAACUAGUUAUACAGAGAAGCACACAUUUUAUUGCAGGUUUUCUCUGUAAGGAGCAAUAGUUUUUAGUAGUAGUAUUUGAGAAUAUCAGAAUAUAAUGUUAAAGAACAAGCGUAAGGAACUGAAAGCAAGUUCUACAAAUCAGAUUUGAGGAUAUCAUAGUUGACCAUCCUGUCUCACAUGCUGUAGUUCUCAUUUUGUAGUUUAUUCCUUCUUUGUGAAUAUUCUUUAGCCAUAGACUUCUAGCAUUACCCAGGAAAUCUAAUUUCAAUAUAUUGAUCUUAGGUUUCAUAGAAGUUUUUUUAAAAUAAGAUAAAUGUGCACCUAUUUACUAACAUUAUGUUUUUCAACUAGAUGUGCAAAGGUUAUAUAUGUAAUUGUUGGUACAUUUAAAUCUCUGUAAAAUUAUGUCAUUUGCAAUUGAUUCAUUUUGAAAUGGAAAAUGAAAAAUAUUCAAUAAAAUGUAUAAAACUCUUA